UUCACAUCCAGAGCAGAGUGGAGAAAGAAGAAAAAAAAGCAGAAAGAGAGCAGCGAGCAGACUGAGGUUUGGCUGCUGGAAGAAGAAAAGAAAAGGGGGGAACCUUCUGCUGCAUUGGCCGGGACACGUAUUACAAGCGGAUAUAAGAAACGUCUCCACGGGGCUUCCUUUACGGUUGAUCUGGUGUUGAAGAGGAUGAUGCUCUCCUAAACCCCCCCUCCCCUCCUUCAUCCUGGUCCACACCACCGCCCCUCCAGCAUGAACCACACCCCCAGCCCCCACCUGUCUGACGGCGGCAAGUCGGCCGGCGGCGGCCUGCUGUGCAGCCUGGGUCUGGGCUCCGACAGGGGGAUCCGCUCCCCGGACAGCCUCACGCACACCCCGAGCCCCACCGGAGGGACCCCCAGCUCCAGCCCCCCGCUGCUGCUGUCGCCUGGGCUGGGAGGCUUCGGGCUGGGGUCUCUGGGCUCCCUGGGGGCCUUGGGCGACGGAGCCGGGGCCGACUGGGAGAGCAGGGAGGAGCUGAGGCUCAGGGAGCUGGAGGAGGCUCGGGCCCGAGCGGCCCAGAUGGAGAAGACCAUGAGGUGGUGGUCGGACUGCACCGCCAACUGGAGAGAGAAGUGGAGCAAGGUGCGUUCGGAGCGCAACCGUGCGCGGGAUGAGGUCCGCCAGCUGAGGCAGCGGCUGGACACCCUCAUCAAGGAGCUGACCAGCGUCCGGCGGGAGCGGCAAGAGCUGGCCUCGGAGAGCGAGACCCUGCGGCAGGAGACGCUGCGCCUCCGCGGUGACCGCACUCCCGACGCUGCUCCUCCUCCUCCUCCGUCUGCCCCCUCUCCAUCGUCCUCCCCGGCGCACCCUCGCGCCGCCUCCUCCUCUCCACCCAUGCCGCCCUCCUCCCCUGCCUCCUCCCAGGUCCACGGCGACGGCAAGCUGGAUAGGGUGGGGGAGGGACCGUCAGGGUCUCCGGAGGCAGAACCAGUGAGGGACGUGGUCUUGGGCUUGGACGAACAAAAGUCGCAUCAACAGAAGGACUUCGAGGUGCUGGAGUCGGUCCUGCGCUCCAGGGACCCGGACGGUGACACUCAGGAGGCGUUGGAAAACCGCGGCGGCGCUGACCCGUCCCCCUCGCGCCUGAGCCGGCAGGAGCGCAGCAGGCAGCUGUGGGAGGACAUCGGCACGGUUGAGGAAGACUCCAGCAAACUCAACGCCCUGCAGCUCCGCCUGGACGAGUCCCAGAAAGUCCUGCUGAAAGAGAGAGAAGACAAGCUGGCGCUGAGCAAGAGCAUCGAGAGGCUGGAGGCCGAACUCACUCAGUGGAAAUUGAAAUACGAGGAGCUCAGCAAGACCAAACAGGAGACCCUCAAACAGCUGAACCUGCUGAAGGAAAUGCACCAGGACGAACUGGGCCGCCUAUCUGAAGACUUGGAGGACGAACUGGGAGCCCGGACCAGUAUGGACAAGAAGCUGGCUGAGCUGCGCGCCGAGAUGGAGAGGCUGCAGGCGGAGAACGCUGCGGAGUGGGGGCGCAGGGAGCGUUUGGAGACGGAUAAACUCGCCCUGGAGAGGGACAACAAAAAGCUGAGAUCUCAGGCCGAAGACCUGGAGGAGCAGCUGGCCAAGAAACGCCGGCAGGCCGCCUCCGUCCUCGACACCGACCUCAAGGCCAUCCAGAGCGAGCUGUUCGAGAGAAACAAGGAGCUCGGCGACCUUCGCCACGUUCACGCCAAGCUGAAGAAGCAGUUCCAGGAGAAGAUGGUGGAGCUCGCCCACGCCAACCGGCGGGUGGAGAGCCACGAGGCCGAGGUCAAGAAGCUGCGACUGAGGGUGGAGGAGCUCAAGAAGGAGUUGGGACAGGCAGAGGACGAGUUGGAUGAGUCCCACAACCAGACCAGGAAGCUGCAGAGGUCUCUGGACGAGCAGGUGGAGCAGACUGAGAACCUGCAGGUACAAUUGGAACACUUACAGUCAAGACUGCGGCGGCAGCAGCAGAGUCCCGGUCUGUUUGGGAAGAUGCGAUCGGCUCGGUUCGGUCCGGAAAACCCGGACGUUCAGACCAGCGACAUGGACGAGGAGGAGGAACUGCAGCUCCAGAUACCAUGACACACACACACACACACACACACACAUGGAGUGAUGUAGGAUAUACUUCUACACGGACAUCAGAAGUCGCAUAAAGAAGUUGAAUACUGUUUUUAAAGGACUGCUCCAACAAUAUGGGAGAUAUUUUACCCAGCGUCGGAUCAAAAGGACACUAUCGCUUUGUAUCUCUGCACGUUGGAUUACAUUGUGAGGCCAUUGAUUGUUGUCCAUGUUAAUGAUCAAUACUCCAGCUGUCUUCAAAAACAAAAGCAAUGUUUGUCAAUGAAAGAGACCGAGACCAAACACAUCAUUGUUCAUCUGGCGUUCAAACAUGAAAGAGGUGCCGUGAGGAAGUUUCUGUCCAGCAGCAAUGUGAGAAGAACACAUCGAAUCCUCACGCACAACAGCCAGACAUCCUCAUAAACACACAGACACACACAUGUUGGGACAUACUUGCAUAUGCAGACACACAACAACAAGAUCGAACCCGGCGGUCGUGUGACUGAUCCGAAGGAUCUUUCUUCAACUUCCACCAAACCACUCUAGCAGAGGCCGACACCCAUUCUGACCCCUCUAUGACACCUCUAUGACACCUGUAUUACACCUGAAUGACACCUGAAUGUCACCUCUAUGACACCUGAAUGACACCUACCCUUCUGAACUGUGCGACUGUAUUCAAUCAAACCUCAAGCCCACUCCACCAGUAUUAAUACAUUCCUCAUAGUUAUCAGCUGGGAAGAAAAUUUAUUUUAUGAGCUUGAAAGUGUUCUUUCAUCACACAGGAAUAUCAUGUUGAACAUUGUUUUCGGAAUUUCUCCCUAAUAUCAAAGAUUCUAUUUCCCAUGUAGCUUAAGUCCACAACGAAUGCUGGGAGCACACUCUGCCACUUUGCAGUGUAAUCAUCGGCCCAAGUUGGAUUAGAGCAGCAGGACGUGUGGAGCAGGACCCUCCGAGCUCACCAGGUGUCCUGUGUGUCACCCCCCAACUGAGAGAACGCCUGGGAGACCUGAGCCCGGCUCUUACAGAUUUGAGAAACGAAGCCGAGCCGGAGGCUGUAUUUGUGUACAAAGUUAUAUUCUUGCUUUGGAAAGGCGUUCACACAAAAAAGAAGAGGAAUUAAAUCCUAGAAUGACGAACACAGAAUAUGGCCAGCACGAGCAAGCCUUAGAGGCAGUUAGGGCUGAACCGAAUAUAAUAUAAUUAACAUUUAAGGGUUCCAUCUCUCAUCUUAUUUGAUGACGUCAUCCCCCUAGAAAAGAAAGAAAACGGAGAAAAAAUAGAUUUAUCUUUGUGAUAUUGGUUAUAUAAAUGUAAUUUAUGCUGCUGUUAGAUUGCUUUGCUAUAUGUGCUGCAGCCGGCAGAGACAAAUGUUUUCAGACCGCAGUGUUUUUAAAAUACUAAACUCCCCACAAUUACAGACCGAAGAAGAAUAUUUAGUUGGAUAAAAACGUGAUGUGAUUUGGGUUUUCUUUUUUUCAAUACAUUUAGUGUUUUGAUCAAAUGACUGUUUUUUAUACCACCCGACCCGUAAAGAAAGACGAUUUGCCCAACCCGCUAAAGUAUGUGUUAGUCAGCCACCCGAACCCGACCCAACCUGCAAACCGACAACUUAACGCAUUAUUGUUGAAUAAUUGUCUGGACUGAGAGCUGCGACGCCCUCCUGGAGAUGUUUUUAUACUCGAGGGAAAGAGAUGAACAUUCUGCAGUGUUGGAGGGAAAUGUAAACUAGAUGGGGGGGGGGGGGGGGUCUGUAACUCUGUGCCACUUGUGUUCUGCUCUAAGUGCAUUUGGCCUGAUCAUUUCACGAAGGAGGAGAUCUGAGGAUGUUUUGUGCUCCCAGCACGACUGGAGCUGCUCCUCGACGAUAAAACUAAUGGAAUCAAGUUUCUUAGACGAUAUGUACAUAAACAUGAGCGACGCCAGAGCAUGUACUACAUCCUCGAGUGUUUCUGUGAAGGGAGGAUGCACCAUUAGGGGCCACGGCCACAUCAGCAUUUAGGCCACACAAAACACUUCUAUACCAAUGUAAUCUGCACAAUUAGUGGAUUCUUCUGUGGAGGGCGAAACCGUUUUGAUCAAAUCUGAUAAAAAACGUCUUGACAGUGCUGACCUUGAAGGAACCGACUGACAGAAAUUGACCAUCGAUCUUUUCUCCUAUGUCAGAGUAUCACGUUGUUAUAUUGUAUGUUGACAGCAGACUGGAAUCAAUGGCACAAAUAAACUUGCUUUAUGGGUAUUAUCCAUUAGCAACCGGCCUAAGGACUAAGGAGCUUCACACUGACGGAUAGGAACCGUGCUUUCUCUUUUUCAAUAACUCUUCAAUGAAUGAAAUGAUGGACGUGAGGUGAUUAAUUCCAGGUUCAACCAGGAACAUUGCCCAUUUGGAUGUGGAUGUCCGAGUGCUGAUGGUAAAUCGAAGACAUUCAAAUGAGAACGUGUUCAGUCAUUAUAGCACAGACACAUUCUUUUGCUUCCAUGAACUACAAUUACCACCAACACUGAUUGGACAUCAUCAUGAAUAUGGCGGAUGCUCCCUCUCAGGCUUAGUAUGGUCCUGGUUUGAAUUCUUCCACAUCCCAUAAAUCCCAAGUAUUAUUUUUGUGUUCUUCGCUCAGGACGAUAUUCGGCCAGGAUGGAAACGCCCCCCAAAGCAGCAUUUAGACUUCAUUGGAUGAUGAAACACUCACUGAAACAAUUGGCGGGACAAUUAUGGUGGGCUUGAUGCUCCCGGGCUCCUUUAAAAGGGCCCACGUAUUCAACAGUGGGAGGAGUUUCAGAUACAUCGAGUGUUGGACCGAAGAGUUAAUUUAUUUUUACAAAACUUGAAUGAUGAAUCUGCCGCCUGUGAAAUGGCUCCAGCCUAGCAGAGAAUACAUGCAGUUGUGAAAGCAAUAAAAUAUUCAUUUAUCUUCCACCACCAUCAGCAGUCACUCUGCCGCGGCCUCAUCUCCGAGCUGGAAGGGGACCAAGAUAUUUUAUACUGAUCAGACUCUGAACUAUUUAUCUUGUCGUUGUUAUGUUUUGGUUUUUAUAAAUGAUCUGUACCACAGUGGUUUUAUAUUAGCUCUAUAAAUGUCAACUGUACAUAUAAAGACAUUUGAGUCACUGUG